AUGGACGUGGACGUGGACGUGGACGUGGACGUGGACGUGGACGUGGACGUGGACGUGGACGUGGACGUGGACGUGGACGUGGACGUGGACGUGGACGUGGACGUGGACGUGGACGUGGACGUGGACGUGGACGUGGACGUGGACGUGGACGUGGACGUGGACGUGGACGUGGACGUGGACGUGGACGUGGACGUGGACGUGGACAUGGACGUGGACGUGGACGUGGACGUGGACGUGGACGUGGACGUGGACGUGGACGUGGACGUGGACGUGGACGUGGACGUGGACGUGGACGUGGACGUGGACGUGGACGUGGACGUGGACGUGGACGUGGACGUGGACGUGGACGUGGACGUGGACGUGGACGUGGACGUGGACGUGGACGUGGACGUGGACGUGGACGUGGACGUGGACGUGGACGUGGACGUGGACGUGGACGUGGACGUGGACGUGGACGUGGACGUGGACGUGGACAUGGACGUGGACGUGGACGUGGACGUGGACAUGGACGUGGACGUGGACGUGGACGUGGACGUGGACGUGGACUGGACGUGGACGUGGACGUGGACGUGGACGUGGACGUGGACGUGGACGUGGACGUGGACGUGGACGUGGACGUGGACGUGGACGUGGACGUGGACGUGGACGUGGACGUGGACGUGGACGUGGACGUGGACGUGGACUGUGGACGUGGACGUGGACGUGGACGUGGACGUGGACAUGGACGUGGACGUGGACGUGGACGUGGACGUGGACGUGGACGUGGACGUGGACGUGGACGUGGACGUGGACGUGGACGUGGACGUGGACGUGGACGUGGACGUGGACGUGGACGUGGACGUGGACGUGGACGUGGACGUGGACGUGGACAUGGACGUGGACGUGGACGUGGACGUGGACGUGGACGUGGACGUGGACAUGGACGUGGACGUGGACGUGGACGUGGACGUGGACGUGGACGUGACGUGGACGUGGACGUGGACGUGGACGUGGACGUGGACGUGA